AUGACGGCAAAACUUUACCGCCAAAACAUGGCAGUACAACGGUGGGAUUUUGGGAAUAUUAAAAAAUAUUCAAGGGAUCCUGUCAAUGAUCCUGCUGGUUGCAACGCGCCAAACUUGCCAGCUUUUCAGAUCACGAUUCCUAUAGGUGAAGUAUUUUGGGAUCCACCGUCUCCUAUCCCACCUGCAUAUGUUCCAGUAAUCCCGGCAACCAUAAUUGGUACCAAUUUUAUUAUUGACUUGUACCGGAUCCAGCGAAUUGCUUUAAAAGCUAAAGUGUGA